UUAAUGAAGGAUGGAUUCAAAUCUGAAAUUAGUUUAGUAAUAAAGGAAAUUACUUCGUUAAUAUCAAACGCAAAUUAUCUGGCCUCACAAAUCAAUAAUGUACAACACUGGGGUGGUAAAAUUGACGUAGAUAAAAUGAGACCACUGAACGAAGAGUAUAAAGCUCCCAGGAUAGAUCCAAGUGAACUAAAAGAACCAUAUACUUCUAAAGAUAACGUUCGUGGAUCCGAGAAAACUAUUCGUAAAAAAAUUUUCCGUGGAAUAGAGGUUGCAUGUAAAAAAGUUCAAUUUUUUGAAGAUAGCAACAGUGAUCUCGAUCAAGCAAAGAAUAAGAAACAACAAAUGGAAUUAGCUGCACUUCUCAAAUUAGGUUGUUGUCCAUUUAUUAUCAAAUUUUAUGGGAUUUCGUCUGUGGAUAAUAGUCAAGUUGUG